UCCUCCUUUAUCGUCUUGUGUUUCCUGCACGUUUAAGCAUGGCGGCCAUCAUCAGGAGCCUCCUUUACCUUGGUGUUGUGGGCGCGUGUCUGGCUCAGCAACGGACUUACCUCCCGCCAACCAACGGAUUCAGCGGUAACGGAGGAAAUGGAGCCAAUGGAAACGGUAAUGGUGCUUACACAAACGGCAAUGGAAAUGGCAACGGCCUAAACGGUAAUGGUGCUUAUUCAACAAGCAAUGGAAAUGGCAACGGUAACGGUGUAAACGGUAAUGGUGUUUACACAAACGGCAAUGGAAAUGGCAACGGUAACGGUGUAAAUGGUAAUGGUGCUUUCACAAACGGCAAUGGAAACGGCAACGGCCUAAAUGGUAAUGGUGCUUACACAAACGGCAAUGGAAAUGGCAACGGUAACGGUGUAAAUGGUAAUGGUGUUUACACAAACGGCAAUGGAAAUGGCAACGGUAACGGUGUAAAUGGUAACGGUGCUUACACAAACGGCAAUGGAAACGGUAACGGUGUAAAUGGUAAUGGUGCUUACACAAACGGCAAUGGAAAUGGCAACGGUAACGGUGUAAAUGGUAACGGUGCUUACACAAACGGCAAUGGAAAUGGCAACGGUAACGGUGUAAAUGGUAAUGGUGCUUACACAAACGGCAAUGGAAAUGGCAACGGUAACGGUGUAAAUGGUAACGGUGCUUACUCAAACGGCAAUGGAAAUGGCAACGGUAACGGUGUAAAUGGUAAUGGCGCUUACACAAACGGCAAUGGAAAUGGCAACGGUAACGGUGUAAAUGGUAAUGGUGUUUACACAAACGGCAACGGUGCCGUUAACGGGAUCUUUAACGGCAUUUUCGACCCCAUCGCUGCCCUUGGUGACGCUAUUGGAGGCGGAGGCGUCCCCGGCGUGGACUAUCCCAUCCUGGUUUCUGUCCCACUCACCGGAUUCUCCUGCACCGGACAAAUCCCCGGAUACUACGCUGAUACUGCCCCAGAGGCCGGAUGUCAGGUUUUCCACAUCUGCCAGGCUGAUGGCAGGAGCGACUCUUUCCUCUGUCCCAACGGCACCAUAUUCAACCAGCAGUACUUCGUGUGUGACUGGUGGUACAACUUCGACUGUUCCACCGCCCAGCAGUUCUACGGUCUCAACGCUCAGAUCGGCGUGAUUAUCGCAAACUCCAACGGCAAUGGAGUUGGAGUUGUUAAUGGCAAUGGUCUCGUCAACGGUAAUGGUAACGGAGCUGUAGUUAAUGGGAAUGGAUAUACUAUUGGCAACGGUCUCGUCAACGGCAAUGGUAACGGAGCUGCAGUUAAUGGGAAUGGAUAUACGAAUGGCAACGGUCUCGUCAACGGUAAUGGAGCUGCAGUUAAUGGUAAUGGAUAUACCAAUGGCAAUGGUCCCGUCAACGGCAAUGGUAAUGGAUAUACUAAAGGCAACGGUAAUGGUAAUGGCGUUCCAGUUAACGGUAACGGAUAUACGAAUGGCAACGGUCUCGUCAACGGUAAUGGUAACGGAGCUGCAGUCAAUGGGAACGGAUAUACCAAUGGCAACGGUCUCGUCAACGGCAAUGGUAACGGAGCUGCAGUCAAUGGGAACGGAUAUACCAAUGGCAACGGUCUCGUCAACGGUAAUGGUAACGGAGCUGCAGUCAACGGGAACGGAUAUACCAAUGGCAACGGUCUCGUCAACGGUAAUGGUAACGGAGCUGCUGUUAAUGGGAACGGAUAUACCAAUGGCAACGGUCUCGUCAACGGUAAUGGUAACGGAGCUGCAGUUAAUGGGAACGGAUAUACCAAUGGCAACGGUCUCGUCAACGGUAAUAGUAACGGAGCUGCAGUUAAUGGGAACGGAUAUACCAAUGGCAACGGUCUCGUCAACGGUAAUGGUAACGGAGCUGCAGUUAAUGGGAACGGAUAUACCAGUGGCAACGGUCUCGUCAACGGUAAUGGUAAUGGAGCUACAGGUAAUGGAAAUGGUUUCACCAAUGGCAACGUUAACGGAUAUACUAGCACAAACGGUAAUGGUAAAGUAAAUGGUUUAACUAACGGUAAUGGUGUUAACGGUAAUGCCGUUAACGGUAACGGCGUUAACGGUAAUGGUCACAGUAACGGCUCACCAGCCCCGGUCGGACUGUAUCAGACUCCGAGCAUAUAAUGAAUAGUGUUGUUCAUUAUAUGUGUUCCUCCUCCGCCUGCAGUCUUAGUGUUGACAGCCAUUUUUGCAUCAUUACCUUACGACGGUCCUAAGACGUUUCUAUCUUAGGUGAACACAUGAUAACGUUAUCUUGCGAGAGUCGUAGGAAGCUUCUCUUUAAGUAAUCAGAAAAGAUUCAGGUCAAUUAUCGAUUCCAUCACUUGAGGAAACUCCUCUGAAGACGAGGAGAUCAACCUCCACCAACUGCUUCUGUUUUCCAAUAUAUUACAUUUUUCACAUUGAUAUAUUUGAUUUCUCUUCUAUAUUUAUAUUUUAUAUUUCGUAAACACUGUCUUUGUUUAAAAGAUAAAAAUAUUCUCGGACGCCGUCAAAAAAAUUGGCUAUUCUCUCAGCUAUCAAAAAACAUGUCUUCAUUUGUAUAAGAAUAUAUACGAUUUACUUUCAUAUAUUUGUCUAUUUAAAUUAAUACUUAACAAAAAGAGUAAAUUAUGGACGGUAAUUAUUAUGUAUCAUGGAAUUAUUCUUGUGUCAUUACCUGUGUAAUGAACACUUGCACAGAUGACACAAUAAUUAGGCAACGGUUUCCGACAUGCUGAUUAUACAGUAUGUACUUUAUUUAUAGCUUUGAAUCGUUAAACAUUCAGAUUUUGUGUUAUGAGCUGUCAACAGACUUGUGGAGAGCGGGAGGCCACUCAGAGCUCUUGUGCCAUACACCAUACACACACGCACACACACACAGUUGACUUAUAACCUAUAUUUUUAUAACUUAUGCAUGAAAUUAUACAUAUAUUAAAAGUAUGUGUAAAAUAUGAUCUCUCAUUUUCUACCUAAAGUGAUAUUUGUGUCACAAAUAUUGGGACUGGAGCAAAUAGUUAAGAAAGGAAUAAUUGGAAAUGAAAGGAAACCAGAAUGAUACUAUAUUGCCAAUACUGGUGGUAAACUAGUAUUAGCAAUAUAGCAUCAUUCUGGUCAAUUGUAAAACAGGUCACUGACAUAUUGCUUUAUAUAUUGCUCGAGGUUCUGAUACCAGAGCAGAAAGAUAUAUUUUUUAUUUAUUUGUGUGUACAUUAAAAGAUAUCAGAGUCAUGAAGAAAAAUAUCUAAUGACACUUCAGGUUAAGGGAAUUGACUGUAAAAUGUUUACAUCAUAUUGAGAAUUUGGGCAUUUAAUGAGAUGUGGAUCAAAAAUUAUUGAGAAAUUACUGUAAAAUAUUGGUAAAUUAUUGUGAUAUAUUGGUAAAUUGUUGUGAAAUAUUAGGAAAUAAUUGUUAAAUAUUGGAAAAUUAUUGUUAAAUAUUGGGAAAUAUUGAUAAAUUCUUGGAUUUUUUUUAAUAUUUGGAAAU